AUGUCCGGCAACCAGCCUGCCGACCCUGUCGCCAGGGGCAUCAUCCCCACCGCCAAACAGGCCUGGACGGACCUCUUCCACUGGAGAAUGCGUGUAGAAGUAAUCAACUCCUCCGGCGAAUCCUACUGCGAAUGGCAGAACCCCCCCGCCCUGAAAAACCCCUUCAGCCUCUGUGCCCAGCUCACCGGUCGAGACUGGCUCUACUUCGCCGUCGGUCUCUUCGCCUGGAUUGCAGACGCCUUCGACUUCCACGCCCUCUCCAUUCAAACCGUCAAGCUGUCCAAGUACUACGGACAAUCCAAAACAUCGAUCUCCACUGCCAUCACCCUGACCCUCCUGCUUCGAUCGGUCGGCGCUGCCUUCUUCGGGCUUGCGGGUGACAAGUGGGGCCGCAAGUGGCCCAUGGUCGUCAACAUGCUUGUCCUGGGCUUCUUGCAGAUUGCAACCAUCUACAGCACCACGUUCCAGCAGUUCCUCGCCGUGCGCAGUCUCUUCGGCCUCUUCAUGGGUGGUGUGUAUGGGAACGCCAUCGCCAUGGCCCUGGAAAACUGCCCGGUUAACGCCCGCGGGCUGAUGUCCGGCGUUCUCCAACAAGGCUAUUCGAUGGGCUAUGUCUUCGCAGCCUGCGCAAAUCUAGGCGUAGGUGGCUCAACGGAUUCCUGGAAAACUGUCUUCUGGAUCGCGGCAGGCCUCUCCAUACUCGCAGGUGUGAUUCGCAUCUUCCUCCCGGAAUCCAAACAAUUCCGCGAAGCCAAAAAAGCUGGCAAACACGGCAAACCGCCCGGGGCGUUCUGGCACGAGACGCGGAUGAUGCUCGUCAAUGAAUGGCGCAUGGUCGUCUACUGCAUCAUCCUCAUGACCUGGUUCAACUACUACAGCCACACCUCACAGGAUAGCUAUACAACCUUCAUGCUCACGCAGAAAGGGCUGAAUAACUCCCAAGCCAGUCGGGCAAGCAUCCUCAUGAAAGCCGGCGCGUGCGUUGGCGGCACUGUGGUCGGCUACCUCUCUCAAUUCGUCGGCCGACGGCGCUCCAUAAUCGUCUCCGCGCUCAUGAGCGGCAUUCUAAUCGCAGCUUGGAUCCUUCCGGAGGGCGAACGGAGCCUAUCCGUGACGGGCUUCUUCAUGCAAUUCUUCGUCCAGGGCGCAUGGGGCGUUAUCCCCAUCCAUCUCAACGAGUUAUCCCCGCCGGCCUUCCGCUCCAGCUUCCCCGGCGUCACGUAUCAGAUUGGGAAUAUGAUUUCGUCACCGUCAGCGCAGAUUGUUAAUGUCGUUGCCGAAUCUAUCAGUGUGCGGGGGUCGAGAGGGAAGCUGGAGCCGGCAUAUGGGCCGACGAUGGGAGUUGCGACUGCUAUUAUCGUGAUGGGGAUUGUGGUUACGACUAUGUUUGGGCCGGAGAAGAGGGGGAGGAAGUUUGAGGCGGCGAAGAUUGCUGGGGUUGUUGAGGCUGGGGAUAAGCGGGGGGAUAAGCGGGGGGAUGUUGAGGCCCAGGCCCAGGCGCAUGGAGAAGGAAAGGUGAGGGUGUCAUUGAGUUCCGUUCCUAGCGGUGAUGAGAAGGGUAGUGGGAAUGGGAAUGGGAAUUAUAAUGAUAAGGGCGAUAAUGUUGGGCAUGCGGGGAAUCGGGAGAAGAUCUGA